AACAAAUCCAUUUUAUCCAUACAUCCAAUGGUAUGUCAUUUCGAACUAAGGAAAAAAUGAUGCACUAUUAUUAGUUUUGUGUCGUUACAUUUUGUUAUUUACAUUCUUCUCCAAAAAAAACAAAACAGCUACCAAAAUAGGAAGGCCAGAGAUUAAAGGGACACAGUAUGAACUUAAAUAACCAAAACGAACUGGAAAUCACAUCGUAUUAUAGCUUCUUGGCCUCCCACCAAUCUCAGCCUCUUAAAAGCCUCGCGCCAUUCAAAACUCUUGACAAAAGGGGUGGCGACACAUCAACGAGCUUCGUCAACCCUUUACACAAUCAUGGCAACGAUGAAAACCAGUACAUAUGAAAAGAGAACUACAAAUGAAUUAUGGAAGAGACAGAUUCUAGUAAAUCAAAGAAGCAAUCGUUAAAUACUAUACGAGGCAUUUCCAGGAUCAAAAAGCAGUGAAAAGAGCAAGAUGAUCAGGAUAUACCACAAAUUGAUAUUGCGUCACAAGCCAUUAUACCUGAAGGAAUUGUCUUAUCCCUCAGAAUUGGUAAUGGACGCCCAAAAAACACUAAAAACAAUUUCAAUAUGCUCAGUGGAAGGAGAAGUCGUUUAAUUAGUAAAGCUCACGGCAAAACAAACCCUUUACAGAAUUUGUAAUUGUCCACUGCUCUUCUUACACUCUUCGUGCUUUCAUCUCAUCAUAGCAUCAAAAGUAUAUUAUAAUAAAAAAACAUAAACUAGGUAGACACAAGAGCUUCAGUGUGUGUAACAAAUUCAGAUCAUUGAUCAAUAAAAACCUCACUGAAAUCCGCUAAGAUAAUUGUUUUUAUCAUCAUAAGCUCAUAAUAUAUUCCAUCUAAGCCAACAUCAAUCCAAAAGCAAACCAAAUUAAUGAAAUCAAUUAAUAAAGGGUGUGAAAGGGAAUACUCAGACAGCCAAGGGUUACUCUUCAACUUCUGGGUGAAGUGCCCAGAUCUGAAACUCUAGUCCACAACAUUAUUGUAUCAUCACCAUAUUCCCUUCCACACAAGAAACAUGAAGUUCACAAAAACACUAGACAACGCAAUAAUAUUAUCGUUCACUCGAGACAGUAGAGAAUGAUCCCAUGAAUUGCAGAAGAAAUUAGAGAAGCAUAUAAAUAUACAGAACACACUUGGAGAUUAGGGUUUCCCUAGGCGGCUGUACUUUAUUAUGGGCUUUAAUUGGCCCAAAUAAACUAUAUGGGCCAAGCUUAGGUGACCCAACAAACAACUUAGAUACUGUAUAAAAACACACACACUAUUUCUGGAUAAACCAGUAAAAAGAAGGAUCCAAAACCUUUAAAAGCAAAGAAGCAUCAAACCAAUAAAAUGACGAUGGAGCUUGUGUUCAUCCCGUCGCCAGGAAUCGGUCAUCUCAGAUCAACCGUCGAGUUAGCCAAGCAACUAGUCAACGGUGAUGAACGUCUUUCCAUCACCGUCAUCAUCAUCCCUCGAUCUUCUGGUGGCGACGCCAGUGAUUUCGCCCAAAUCUCUUCCUUCUUCACCCCGUCUCAAGAUCGUCUCCGUCACGAGACCAUCUCCGUCGCGGAUAAUCCGACUGGGGAACGCCUCCCGACUCAAGUCUACAUCGCCAAUCAAAAGCCGCAAGUGCGAGAUGCAGUCGCGAAACUCCUCGACCCAACGGGAGUUAACUCGCCGUCUCCGCCGCGUCUCGCCGGGUUCGUCAUCGACAUGUUCUGCAUCUCGAUGAUGGAUGUAGCUGAUGAAUUCGGAGUUCCGACUUACAUGGUGUACACAUCUAACGCCGCGUUCCUUGGAUUCUCGCUUCAUCUCCAGAAGAUGUACGACGAGAAGAAGCUCGACACGAGCGAGUUGAGCGAGUCGGUCAACGAGUUGGAGGUUCCGUGUUUCAGUCGUCCUUAUCCCGUAGGGUGUCUUCCAUACAUUUUCGUCUCGAAGGAGUGGCUACCAUUAUUCCUAGCUCAAGCAAGAAACUUCCGAAAGAUGAAGGGUAUUUUGGUAAAUACCGUUGCUGAGCUGGAACCUCAAGCUUUGAACGUUUUAUCACGUGAUGAUGGUGGUGAUCUUCCUCGAGCUUACCCUAUAGGACCAGUGCUGCAUCUCCAAAACGGAUCUCGCCAUGACGACGGCGGGAAGGAGUCGGAGAUUUUGCGGUGGCUCGACGAGCAACCGGCGAAAUCCGUAGUGUUCCUCUGUUUCGGUAGCUUGGGAGGUUUCAGUGAUGAACAAACUAGAGAAAUCGCCGUGGCCUUAGAUCGAAGCGGUCACCGGUUUCUCUGGUCGCUCCGUCGCGCAUCGCCGAAUAUAUUGACGGAGGGACCCGGAGACUACACGAAUCUGGAGGAGGUUCUACCGGAGGGAUUCUUGGAUCGGACGUCGGAUAGAGGGAAGGUGAUCGGGUGGGCUCCGCAAGUGGCGGUGCUAGCGAAGCCGGCCAUUGGUGGAUUUGUUACUCAUUGUGGAUGGAACUCGAUGCUUGAGAGCUUGUGGUUCGGCGUUCCGAUGGUGACGUGGCCGCUCUACGCGGAGCAGAAGGUGAAUGCGUUCGAGAUGGUGGAGGAGCUGGGAUUGGCGGUGGAGAUACGGAGGUUCAUUAAGGGAGAUUUGUUGGAGGGGGUGAUGGAGACGGUUACGGCGGAGGAUCUAGAGAGAGCGAUAACGCGUGUGAUGGAGGAAGAUAGUGACGUCAGGAACAAAGUGAAUGAGGUGGCUGAGAAGUGCCACGUGGCGUUAAUGGACGGAGGAUCUUCGAAGACGGCUUUAAGAAAGUUUAUUCAAGACGUGGUCGAGAAUGUUGUGGUCUAGGUUCAUUGGAGGGGAAGUUGAAAGGGGACGGAGUUUAGUUUCCCAUGUGUUCUGUAUGGUAGACCAUGAUUAACCCGAAGUUCUUAGACUGGAUUUCUUAUCGGAAGUUAAAAAACUGUUUCUUAACUUCCGCUAAAAACCUCAUCAUAAGAACCUCGGAUUAAUCAUGCUCUUGCAUCUAUUGAAUUCGCCCCCUAAAUGGUUUACAUGUUUAUCAAAUGCAUUAUAAAACUAUUAAUGAGCUUUGAAUAGUAUUUCAACAAUAAUUUUUAAAACA